CAAAAGAGAGCCUCGUCUGUCGCUCGCUGCUGCUGCUGCCGGUGGUGUUUCGAUGCGAGGACGGGCUGGCGAGCGUCUCGGCUUGGUUGUUACUGAGAAGAGGAGGAGAAGGAAGAAGAAGACGCGACGGAGGGAAUAGGGGACAUGUGGAGAAGGGAGUUGAUGGAAACGUGGACAGCAGUACAACGGCCGAAGCUGGAGGACCUAGACGAAGAAACAAGCACUGGGGAAGAAAUGAAGAGAGAAAGAAACAAGGAAGAAACGGACGCGGUGCAAUAAAGAGAAGAAAAAGAAACGACGUAAUAUAAAGAGAAAUGCAGCCCGUAGCAUAGCGUGGCUUUCGGGACGAAAAACCGGCCUCUGCCGCCUCGGUCGCGACGGCGCGCUUCGCUGCGACGAGAGAGCUUUUUCCGCACCGGCCGCUGGAGGAGCUGCUUCGAUGGUGUGUGUGAGAAUAAGAGAGGGAGAUAGCGGCCGCUCUGUCUUUCGAACGAAAUACAAAGCGCACAUAACGGCGUCUCGUCGGAGGAGGGGAGCAGUGACGGGAGAGAGGUCGCUUAAAGCAUUCCGCAGGGGAGGAGAUGUCCUUUAAACGACACCAUUGGCUGGCUGGUUCGUGACGCCGCCGCGGAGAUCCGCCUCGAUGGUGGGCGUGGCGUCAGGGGGAACUUCUAUCGCCGGAGGCGGCCCCAGUGUCGAAUACACCAGCCUCGGCGCCUUAUUUACCCAGCGGCGCAGCGCGGUGCGGGUGCGAAGGUGCCCCGCUUCGAAAAAAAGAGGAACCCCCCCCUUCCAUGACCACCAAAGAACGUGCCGCGUAGCGCGUGUUGCUCAGGUGGCCGGUGUUGAAGCGCGCGUGGUUGUGUGCGCGUCGUGUGUGUGUGGCAAAAACGAGAGUGCGCCGCGCGCGCGAUACCCAGCGAGCGAGCGGCAGGAAGAAGGUUUGUUGUGAGCUGUGGCGACGGUGCGGUGUGUGGUCAUCGGCGGCUGGAGUCGUCGAGCGAUGCGCCAACUGCGAUGACGGCAACGAGCAUGUUGGGCCAGCACAAAGGCUACCAGGACGCGUCGUCCGGCUGCGCUGGCUCCAUGAGCAACGGCGGAUCGGGUGCGGCGGCCGCCAUGCAGCCGUUGCAAGGCGGUUACAACAUGGGCAUGGCCGGCAUGCACGCGGGCUACGCGCCGCAGUCGUUUGGCAACGGACCCGCCAUGACGUCGGGCUCGGCGUGCAUGUCGCCCUCGGUGGCACCGCUGGGAUCGAUGAACUCCAUGAACUCGCUGGGACAGGCCGGCAUGAACGGGGUGUCGGCGGGUCUCAUCGGCGGCCUGGGUCGCGACUUCCUGCCGGCGGCCGCGGCCACUGUUCCGGGCAGCGCGCCGUCCUCCGGUGCGGGCCCGGACUCUCCCGGCGCCCUGCAGAGGGCCCGUGCCGACUCGAAGGCGUACCGGCGGUCGUACACGCACGCCAAGCCGCCCUACUCGUACAUCUCGCUCAUCACCAUGGCCAUCCAGAAUAGCCCGAGCAAGAUGCUGACGCUCAGCGAGAUCUACCAGUUCAUCAUGGACCUGUUCCCCUACUACCGCCAGAACCAGCAGCGCUGGCAGAACUCCAUACGCCACUCGCUCAGCUUCAACGACUGCUUCGUCAAGGUGCCGCGCACGCCGGACAAGCCGGGCAAGGGCUCCUUCUGGACGCUGCAUCCGGACUCAGGCAACAUGUUCGAGAACGGCUGUUACCUGCGGCGCCAGAAGCGCUUCAAAUGCGAGAAGCGAGAGGCCGUGCGGCAGGCGCAGAAGGCCACCACGGGCGGCAGUCACCACCACAACUCCAAGACCAAGAUGGCCGCCGAGUCUCCGGGACACAUGAUGCAGCCACCUCCUCCGCAGCACCACCAACAACAGCAGCAGCAACAUCAGCAGCAGCAACAACAGCAACAGCACUCGCAACAGCAGCAGCAGCAUCAGUCGCAGCAUUCACAGCAGCAGCAGCAUCAUGCGCUGGCGCCCACCUCGAAUCCGGCCAUGCUGGGCAUGGGCUACGGAUCGCACCAGGACCCGUCCAGCUGUUGUUCCCCGGCCAUGGGCCCUCACCACGCGCUACACGAGUCCUUGCUCAAGGUGGAUCCGCACUACAACCCGUCGAGCCACCCGUUCUCGAUCAACAGCAUCAUCGCGGCGAACGAGAGCAAGGCCGACCUGAAGCUGUACGAGAUGUCCCAAUACGGCGGCUACAACCUCUCGCCACCGCUCGCGGGCCACACGGCUCUGCCCAACGACUCGUCGGCCGGAUACUACCACCCGUCGCUCUACUCCAUGUACCAGUCGGCCACGCCCAGCCUCUGAGACGAGGAGCUGCGGGACUUCUGAAGAGGCCUCCCGCACGCCGUGUAGCUCUUGUUUCCCGCGAGGGGGACGUGCUCCUCCUUCUCGCCACGGUCCCGGCAGACUCGGCACCCGCAGGAUCGUUGGACACCGGCGACGUGGCGCAUGCUGUUCAAGGCCGGCGCACCCGGGGAUAGUAUGAACCGUCCUGACCACCACUCGUGCACGCCGCUGGCCUGCUGAGAAACAAAUCGGCCCGACGAACAACCGGCGAUCCGCAGAGAAGAACCCCAGGCACGCGGUCGGGGCCGUCUGUUCAGAGACCGCAGCGCUUCCUGUAGGCUCGCACACGUAGCCACGAAAGACAUCGCGUUGCUUCCUCUGUUGUCGCCGCGGGCUUGCGUUUACCAUCGGCUGAAGGUUGACAUGCGACUGCUUCCUUCUGGAACGGAACGCGCCGCUUCUGGAGUCUCAGAGCAUCGCAGUGAAAAAUACCGAAGCGCUUCUGGUGAUCGACGGUUGCGACUCUUGCAAACGGGCACAUCUGGCACGAUAUGCCAACGUGCGUAAGAUUGGAGUUCGACCCCUUGUGGAAAAGUCAUCGCCUCCAGGAGGGUUUCUCGUUCGUUCUCAACGUGGACAACGUGUUGCUGGCGAGAACUUCUCAGGCGACGCCUCGGCAGCCCUUGGUCCCACCGGUGCACGAGGGGCGCCAUUGUCAUGAUUACGUCAUCGAGUUCACUUUUCGCUCGUGCUCUGCUCUGACUGCUUCGUUCGAGGCUAACGUCACGAUAGGAGAAAUGCCAUUUGGCUGACCGCCGAGCCGAGUGGUUGAGGAGAGUUCCAACUUACGGUGGGUCGUGACAACCCAGCGUGCGAGACGAAGAAAAUAAUGAAGCAAAUAUUCUCAGCCUUGCUUCAAAAGCAAGCAAACGUGUCUGGCGCGUGCAUGUGUCGCUGUUGAUACUCGCAGAGUCUGUUGGCAGUGCACGUCUCUUUUUGUGACUGUGAAUUGUGUACAGCUUUGAUUGAUUGCGUAUUCCAGCGAAACUGAUCUUGUCCCGCUUGAGCUAUGUUCGAGAGACGUGAGGGCUUAAGCGCUGGCGAUGCAUUGGAAGAAGUGUCUGAUAAGUGUGCUCAGCACGCGACAUCGUAGGCUCAAUUUCUUGAUAGUUGGAGAACCAACAGGGACCUUGGAUAGCCUUCGUUAGUUUAAGCUGACGACUUCGCGUCGCCCGCUCUGCCGACAACGUUGCUCAAUGACAUAAGGCGCCGUAUGGCAUCGCUUCGUAUCCUGAAGAUUUCAGGAAAAUCGUUCGUUCUUUAUUUGUAUUUUUUUUUGCGCUGUGGAAGUAAGGCAGUAUUUACGGCAUUAACUUCACGCUCCGGUGACGCCGUAUCUCCGCAGUAAUCCUCGUUAUCUUGAUACACGAAAGAAAUCGAUUCGAAAUCGGAGGUUAUUAGAGGGACCCCACCCCGUAAGCCUGAUGGCUUUCCAUCUGCCAGGCGUGUCAAGCGGACAUCGCCCGUGCUUUAAACGCCUCUGUCCUUGCACUGCUACGUGCAGGUCACCGUAUGCAAUAUAACGACGAAGUCUGGCUAUAGGCAUACGCCGUCGGUAACCAUGGAAACGAUAAUGUUUAGGCUGGCCCUGAGCGAUCGUGUCUCGCACGAGGGGAUGUUGACGAAGUGCUCGCUCUCGCAGCCGCUCCUGCGACAUCGCGAACCGGCGGGCAAUUCCACGUCUGUCGUUAUGUCGCGGGAUGCAACUUCGUAAGUUGUCUUUAAAAAGACACUAAGGAUAAUUAAGUGGCCAGUCCCUCUGCGGCCGUCGUGGCGAGCGACUGCAUGGUACGGUACGUACGUGUCGCGCGAAAACAAGCUAUUUAUGUUAUUCUGAGCUAGCUUAACCUGAUCACUGCCCAGGAGAGAGAUAACUUAAUAAGAAUGGGAAUGACAGGAAUGUUGAUUUGAAUGUUUUGUAUACACAAAACUGCCCAUGUGAUUGGCGGUGAAAAAUAAUACACGAAAAAAAGACAGAAAAAUACUAAAAAAAGGAAAAACUAUUAAAAAAUUGAAAACGACAAAAAGAAUGUAACAAGAAAAAAAAAAUGGAAAAAGGAAACAGAUUCCGGUGCUUUGAAAUAUCUACUAUUGAUGGAAUUUUGAUGCUGAGAAUAAAAAUAGUGAAAGUGUAGUAGAGGGUAAGCGCUUUAUUCCUCGUUUUUUCGAGAUAGUUACCGCCAAGAACCUGCUCCGUUCUGCGAGAGCGAGGAGUUUACAAGUGGUUGUUUUAUAUACAAUUUUCUUUUCUUUCGUCCGCGCUCCUAUUUUUCUUACUCAUUCGUUUGCCUAAAACGCUACGGGAACAGCCCUACAAAUCACAACUGUGGCUGUACAGACUCUGCGAGUUCCUCAGCUUAGUUCUAAGGGGAGAAAAAAAAAAGACGGCACACCUUCUGAGUCAGGCACGGAUGGUGACGUCACCAAAUAAGAUGAAGAAAAUGAAACUGUUUACAUGUAUAGAUAUAUUAUCAAAAAAAAAAAAAGAACGUAAUGAUGCCUGCAAGACGCUGCUGCAGUGGAAGCUGUGAAUACUUGCUGUCGCUCUUGUUCGUGCCUUUGAAGGAUUCGCGGUUGAGGAAAACAUUCAAUAAGAAUGGAAGCAAAACAUCCGAGAAGACCCGUGGACGUGACACAGUGAAUACACUUCCAUUAUACACUACGCUAUUAUCUCCCUGGUUUGCUGGCCCGACGAAUCCAACACACGGAGCUGGGAAACACAGUGGGAUUUGACAGACUGACCACUUGAUGGAUCUGUGUAUCAUUGGAGUGACCGGCCGCGAGCUUGGUGUGAGAGCGCUAGCAGAAAUAGUAUUGAUCACUCUGAAAAUUACAAGAAGCAAGGAAGCAACCCUUUAUUUAUUUAUUCAGGAGAUAUGCCGCAAGGCGUGCGUGAUUAAAAAAAGAACUAGUAAACGCACGCAGCCCUCGGUGAUGCAGGUGAUGCAACAACGAGUUUGUGCAUUUUGUUGUUCCUUAUCAAAUGGGUAUGGUCCUCUGGGGCAUUGGGCUUGAGUUCGAGCUCCUUGAGCGCUUUGCGGGAUCGCGUGUACCAGAGUACGGCCACUGGAGGUGAUGAGUGUAAAUCGUCAGUUUUGAAAUUAACUCCAAGUUGAGAACCAAGAGCAUUACCAACAGACAUUAAUUCCCAGUACUGUUCGGAUGAAAAAAAAAUUAAUCCUUCAACCACUGCUCCCGGUAUUACUUGGAGGUUUCAAGUUGAAUUUAUUCAUGCGCAAUGCUUUUACAUCGUACGCAAUGGAAUCCAGGCAAAAUAUAAACACACACACACACAAAAAUGGAUGCCUGCUUGGCAUCUAUCGUUGAUUCGCACGAGUACCGUGUCGAACCGGGUCAUCACUGAGAAAGGACGGGUGUCCCAAUAUCAUAGCGCAAUUUUUCUCGAGGUUGAAGGCGGCAACUUCAGUUGGAGCUCUUAGAAGGUGGCGAAAGAAAAAUGAAGUCAGCGCCAGACGCAAAGUACAAACGUCCAUGUGGUUCCUCGGUGUAGUACCGACUCGUGCAAGCAGCGAUCGUAAUCAGGCUUUCCUUUCGACUCAUCAAGAUUCCUCUCCGCUAUCCUCUCCUGUGACUUCGCUGAUUGCCAUUCGUCACUUGAACUCAUCGCUUCACCACUUCUGGCAUAUACGAACACGGCCACUCCACCAUCCAACAAAAUCCAAAAUAUAUCCGACCACCGAAAAGCCAGCAGGGAAUCACGUCAGAGAUAAAUUGACUAAUCCUGUUUUGUUUCAAUCAUGACGUCACCGAUGACGUCUGUCUCCUUACAAUCAUUAUCCUGCGUAGUGACUGAGUGGGAGAAAAAAAAUCUGGAGAAUCCCAUGCGCCGCCUAUGCAUUACGCACGAGACCGUGACAACCACAACAUAUCGCGCGGAGCGCGAGAGAGCACGAGAGCGUGACGUAUUGCACCAGGGCGCGCAUGCGCCGGCGCCCGAUUACUCUAUUUUAUUUUUGUCGCGAUCCACGUGGUCUUCUUCGCAUCUGAUAUACAUAUUUAAUGGGAGCCUUUCUACGAGUCGGCAUUUCGUUCUCGUUCAGCGUCUCCGAACCGGACUCGCCAAAGCGCAGCAUCGCUUUCUCGUGCUGGUGCGACUUAGCGCGUCGGCUGUGUAGAACGCUGCCAAGAGCGCCAGGACCAACCGACGACGUCAUAGACGCUUGCGUACUGCUCCGCACCCUGGCGGCGUGCGGCAGAAGCCGAGUGCGCGAGUUGGCGAGAGACGUGCCGCAGUUGUGCGUGUGCAGCGGACACUUUUUCGUCGCGCAACGAACUCGUAGUCGGCCCGCCUGUGCUUCUUUCGUGUGUCUGUGCGUGUGUAACUGUGAAGAACGUGAUAGACUUGUAAAUAGAAGAUAUAAUUUAUAUUUAACGGAGAAAAGGAACUCGUGGAAGAGACAAUGCACAAUAUGUUUCGCCGGAAUGGCGCGUUGUCAAGCGCGCGUUUCUGUGUGGUCACCGCAGGCGCAGCUGCGUCUUUUACGCGGGAGAUUAAUAAGGACCGCGAGAGAGUGUGUGUGCGUGUGUGAAGGAGUGCGGAAGAUUCUCCGAGGAUCGCUGCGUCGUAUCUGACGGACUCACGAGCCCGCGCGAAGGAAGCGUACUUGCUUGUGAGAGAGGGACGAGUGUGGCCGAUGCAUUUACGGCGCAUAUGUUUGUAUACAAAAGUCCGCAGACCGCUGUUUUGAACGUGUACACUUGUGUGCUUGUAUAUAAAGACGUAUAUUCAAUCCCUCCGUA